AUGGCCGGUGCUAUUGAAGCUGAGGGCGCACAAUCCACCUGCCCGCCAGUCAACGAGGGGGGAGAUACCAGCAAUGACUCCGCCAAACCUGUGUUCAAGGGUGAGCGCCCAGCUUGCUUCAGCACCACGAUCCAGGAGUGUAUUUUUGUCAUCACGACAACGAUGGCAAUUGGCCAGGCAUCCUUCUUCACGGGGAUGAAUAUUGGAGUUACAGCCGCUAUCGGCGAGGCAUUGAACAUGUCAUCGGCGGAGAUUACCUGGAUCACUGCUGGUGCUUCACUCAGUAGCGGCGCAUUCCUCCUCUCCUUUGGCAAAUUUGCGGACCUGUUUGGCCGUAAGGUCAUGUUCGUCGUCUCCAUGCUGCUUUACACCGUGAUCGUCCUUGUUGCUGGCUUUGCGCCAAACGCCAUAUUUCUCGAUAUUUUCUCCGGUUUCGUCGGUCUCUGUUCUGCGGCUGUCGUCCCACCUGCUGUGGGCACUCUAGGUGCAGUAUACGAAAAGCCUUCCAGGCGAAAGAACAUUGCGUUUUCCUGCUUCAGUGCUGGGAAUCCACUAGGUUUCAUUCCCCAUGGCUCUUGCCUACAAAACGAAAUUGCUAAGAUUUACGAAAUCAGUCUUUCCGGAGACGCCCCCAAUGGAUGGAAAACUGGCUAUGUCAUUGCCCUUUUGGUGAUUGGCGUGCUUCUUGUCGCCGCAUUUCUGUAUUGGCAGUCCAUCGCGAAAUACCCAUUGAUGCCGUUGUACAUUUGGAAGGAUCGGGACUUCUCUUUGCUAAAUGCAAUCCUCGGCUUGGGCUUUAUGGGAUUCUCGUCAGUUUCCUUUUGGCUGGCUCUGUAUUUGCAGCGAAUAAAGCAUUUAGAUGCACUCGAGGUUGCUCUCUACCUUCUUCCUCAAGUCGUCAACGGGAUCCUAGUCAAUGUUAUUGCGGGCCUAAUUCUCCACCGGGUGAACAACAGGCUUCUGAUGGGCAUCGGUGCGCUCUCAUACGUUGCUUGUUUCCUUAUCCUUAGCUUUAUGCAGGAGGAUGCCACGUACUGGGCGUUUAUAUUCCCUGCCCUCAUGCUUUCUGUUGUGGGUGCGGAUAUUGAAUUUAAUGUCGUUAAUAUGUACGUAAUGUCGUCGCUUCCACCGUCUCAGCAAUCGUUAGCCGGUGGAAUAUUCAACACCCUUACAAAACUCUGCCAGAAUAUCGGGCUUGGCAUGACCACUGCUAUCUACAUCUCAAUGGAGCAUAAGUAUUCUUAUCCCCCCAGUAUAAAGCCGUAUCUGUCGACAUAUUGGCUUUCGGCUGGAUUUUCAGCACUGGGCGCCGUCCUGGUGUUCUUUUUGAAAAUUGGAACCCAAGGCAACUCCACUUCGAGAGAGGAGAAACGUCCGAUUGUCGGAGAUGAGACACGUGAAAGUGUAAGAGCCGGGAAAGAUGGAAAAGCCUGA